AUGUUGCUUUACUACCUGAUCACCCUAGGUGCGCCCGCCUCUGAGAGCGCCCAAGCCUCAGCAGCUGCGACGCCGACGGGUGCGGCGCGUGCGGCCGGGGGCCCCGACGAAGCGGAGCAGGAGCAGCCAGGGGAGGGGGCGGCAGCGAGCCCUCCGCAGAAGGGGGGCAAGGGCCCUCCGAAGAAGGGAGGCAAAGCUGGUAAAGGCCCGCCGCUGCCUGGCACAGCUGGCGACUCCUGCGCUGGGCCGGCGUCCGCUGAAGCUGCGGCGCCAAGUCCGGACGGUGACCUAGGCUCAGGUGAGCUGCAACGCGACAUCGCGGAGCACGAACAGCCCGAGGAGGGGACAGCAGCGGGCCCUCCGCAGAAGGGGGGCAAGGGCCCUCCGAAGAAAGGCGGCAAAGCUGGUAAAGGCCCGCCGCUGCCUGGAACAGCUGGUGAGUCCUGCGCUGGGCCGGCGUCCGCUGAAGCUAUGGCGCCAAGUCCGGACGGUGAUCCAGGCUCAGGUGAGCUGCAACGCGACAUCGCGGAGCAGGAGCAGCCAGGGGAGGGGACAGCAGCGAGCCCUCCGCAGAAAGGGGCCAAGGGCCCUCCGAAAAAAGGCGGCAAAGUUGGCAAAGGCCCGCCGCUGCCUGAAACAGCUGACGACUCCUGUGCUGCGCCAGCAGCUGCUGAAGCUGCGCCGGCGGCAGGAAUUACUGCGCCUUCUGCUGCAGCGGCUACCCCUGCAGCGGAGGCAAAGGCAGGCGCGAAGCCCAAAGGUCCUUUUGCCAAGAAGGGCAAGGGACCCCCACCACCCGGGCCGCCGGGAAAGGGCCCGGACCUGCCGCAAGAGGAGGCACCUGGGGCCCAGGCCACCGGGGAGCUUGCUUCUGCAGAUACGGAGGCAGCGGCCAAAACCAAGGGCCCGCCCAAGAAGGGAGGCAAGGGCCCGCCUCCGCCAGGCCCCAAAGCCGCACCAGAGGAGACUGCAGAGCAGGCAGAGCAGGCCCCCAAGACCAAGGGCCCGCCCAAGAAGGGCGGCAAGGGCCCGCCGCUUCCCACCCAGGCUGAAGGACCGGCGGCACCCCAGGAGGAGGAGACUUCAGCCCCUUCAUCCGGCAAGGGCAAGGGCCCGAAAGGUCCAGCUGGGCCAGGCAAGGGUCCGGGCAAGGGCCCGCCCGGCAAGGGCCCGGGCCCAGCCGGAAAGGGCAAAGGCAAGGGAAAGGAGCCGCUCCAGCUGCGCCAGCCAAAGAUCAAGCCCAAGCAGAACAUGAAGCAGCUGUGGUGGAGUCGGUUUCUCUUCGGAAAGCACCUCAAAGAGGGAGAGGGCGUCUGGGAUGAGGCGGACAAAGAGAACGUGCAGCUUGCCUCUCCGGUGAUUCACCUCAUGGAGAAUCGCUUCGGCCGUGGAGCUGCUGCUGCUGUCAAGGCAGCUCCCAAGCCAGCUGCCAGCGACGGGCCCAAGGAGGCGCCCAAGGCGAUCCGCAUCAUCACAGAUCCAAACCUCAUCGUGGGCAAGGAGGCGGCGAUGCGCACGUUACCUCCGGCAGAGGAGGUCGCCACCGCACUCCUGAAGCUGGACGCCGUUGUCCUCAGCCCGAGCCAGUUGAGUGUGAUCAAGGAGCACGCCAGCCCGCAGCCUGCGCAGGUGAGCCAGCUGGAAGAGUGCCGCAAAGAGCACCCAACCGUGCCUUUCGCGCUGCCUGAGGAGUACAUGUGGCAGAUCAGCCGGGUCCCAGCAUUUCAGGCGCGAAUUUCCUGCUGGACCUUUGUGCUGUCGUACAAGGAGACAGCAAGUGCUUGCAGCGCCAUGCUCGGCGAGUUCCAGCUCAUCGAGGACGCGGUGCGGCAGUCACGGUCGUUGCGGCAGCUCCUGGCAUUGAUCCUGCAAGUCGGCAACUACCUGAACGGCAGCACGGACCGCGGCCAGGCUGACGGAUUCGACCUCGAGACACUCGGGAAGCUCGAUAGUGUGAAGGACAACGCCCGGACCUUAGUGCUGCUCACUGCCAUGCUGAUUUUUGAGCUUGCCAUCCAAAACAUUGGCAAUGAUUCAUACGGGUGUCAUGGUGGCAUGGCUGAUGCCCUGUUCCUGAAGUGA